AUGGCACCCAGAAAAAACGCCGCUGCAGCAGCAGCAGCACCACCACCCUACAGCACCCCCCAAUCCAACAUCCAACCCUCCAAAGUCUCCUCGAAAUCCACCACGACACCGCAAACCUCCACCCCGCGAAACGCCCAAGACGCCCAGCAGAUCCUCCUGGGAAUCUACCGAAACUACACCAACCAUACCGCGCAACGCGUCAAACUGCUCGAUGCGUUUAUGGCUUUCUUGGUAGUCGUGGGGGUGCUGCAGUUCGUGUACUGCGUGUUGGCGGGGAAUUAUGUACGUUUUGAAAACCCACCCACACACACCCCUCAUGAAUCAUCUCGAGAGAAAGAAAGAGAGAAAGAAAAAAGAGAGAAGAGGAGAGGAAGAAGGAAAACAAACUUUACUGACGCAUUUUCUUUCCAGCCUUUCAACGCUUUCCUCGCCGGUUUCUCGGCCACCGUAGGCCAAUUCGUCCUCACGGCUAGCCUGCGCAUCCAGACGAACCCGGAAAACAAGGCGGAUUUCGAGAGGAUAUCACACGAGAGGUACGUAUAUCGUCUACAACGUACACUCCAGGUCAGAGGAAUGAGCACACAGAAGGGCUGACGUGUCUUCUUCAUGACACAGGGCAUUCGCCGAUUUCGUCUUCGGCAGCAUGAUUCUACAUUUCUUCUGCGUCAACUUCAUCAACUAG